AUGACCAUUCCAGGUUUAUCUACUAUAGCUCCCAUAUCUUCUAACAAUAUUGAUCAGAAUCCAAGCCUUGAUAUAGGAUGUGAGCAUACUACUGUGGAGCAUUCUGAGGAUCAAAUACAUGUUGUAGAUGGUGCUGGCUCUGGGGAAUCUAGCCUUGCAGAAGUAACCCUUACUGAGGAUCCUAGUGCUCCUAGAAGAUCUGUAAAAUCUAAGCAACCUUCAACAUGGCUGAGGGACUUUGUUUCCCUAAACAUAACCAGUGAUGUUCAAUAUCCUUUAUCCAACUAUGUGAACUAUUCUCAUCUAUCUCCCACAUAUCAGCAUUAUAUUGCUGCUACUUCCACUAUAACAGAACCUACCAGCUAUGCAGAUGCCAUCAAGGAUUCAAGAUGGGUUGAUGCUAUGCAAGCAGAGAUUCAAGCAUUAGAAAACAAUAAUACCUGGGAGAUCACUACCUUGCCUGCAGGUAAAAGACCUAUUGGCUGUAGGUGGGUUUAUAAAAUCAAAUACAAGUCCAUAGGUGAAGUAGAAAGAUUCAAGGCCAGGUUAGUUGCCAAAGGUUACAGUCAGCAAGAAGGUAUUGACUACAAAGAGACAUUUUCUCCAGUUGUGAAGAUGGUCACAGUAAGAUCUAUUCUAGCUCUUGCUGCCUCCAACCAGUGA